GAGACACCAAAACCAACGAGAUUAUCGCAGGAACAUCUGAUGCGCAGCAUCAUAGUUCGUCCAGAAAUACUUUCAUCACGUUGCAUCCACGCAACUAUCCGAUAGCCACCGGGUGGAGACACCAAUGUGAGAGGUCCGACACAAAGCGAUACAAAGACGGCUAACAUCGUUGCUGAUCGAACAGCCUUGGGUACCAGUGCAUGGGAUGCUCAGCUGAAGAGACUUGCUACUUUUGGAUAAUUUCAACACAAUAUUCUCAAUCCCUUUCAGGCUCCAAAAACAAAGGCUUUUGUUCAAUUUUGACACAUUUUAAACAAUUUUUUUUUUUUUUUUAGAGUAGUGCAGAAUGGAAUUGUUCUUUUUUGUUGAGUUCUUCUCAGUUUUUCAUUGUCGACCAAUGCACCACAUUAAGUUUGAAUGAUAGGAAGCAAAAUAAAAUAACUUGACUGGAAGGCCCAGUUGCUGUAACAUAUUUAUAAAGCUGGGAGAGGCAGUAGCAAGAUGCUGUCCUCUACAGCCAUGGAUUCACUGGCCAGUUGGAGGAGGAGUCUGGUCCCUCAGACGUCUUAAUGAAGGCCCUGUUCUGGCUGAGAACUGAGACCAAGGUCCUAAAAGGCUAACAAGUGAGGCACUGUCCUCUCCUGCUGUUGGCUAGCCUUUAUAUUCUGUGUAGUAGGAUCCCCACAUUUCCCCCUAAAGCCUCAAGAUGGGCCUGUUCUUAGACUUCAACCCCUUUGAUAACCUGCUGUGCAUUCUCCUGGGCAUCUCCUUCACGGUGUGGUUCACCCUACUGCUGGUCUUCAUCAUCGUGCCUGCCAUCUUUGGAGUGUCCUUUGGCAUUCGACAGCUCUACAUGAAAACACUACUGAAGAUCUUUGAGUGGGCCACACAUAGGAUUGAAAGAGGAGCCAAGGACAACAACCAUCUCUUGUACAAGCCUUACUCUAAUGCCAUCAUCGCCAAGGAGCCCACCUCCCUGGAGGAGGAGAUCAAGGAGAUCCGGCGCAGUGGCAGUAACCGGGACCUGGACCAUGCCUCCGAGUUUGAGAUGUCCGACAUCUUCUACUUCUGCCGGCAAGGAGUUGAGAGCAUCAUGGACGACGAGGUGACCAAGAGGUUUUCUGCUGAGGAGCUGGAGUCAUGGAACCUGCUGACCCGUAGCAACUACAACUUCCAGCACAUCAGUCUGAGGCUGACUGUCCUGUGGGGGCUGGGGGUGGUGAUCCGCUACGGCUUCCUUCUGCCUCUCAGGGUAACUCUUGCCUUCACCGGGGUGGGUCUUCUGGUCGUACUCACCUCCAUCAUCGGGUUUCUUCCAAAUGGGAGGAUGAAGAACUUCCUCAGUGAGCAGGUGCAUCUGAUGUGUUACCGGAUCUGUGUAAGAGCUCUCACUGCCAUCAUCACUUACCACGACAGUGAAAACAAGCCCAAGAAUGGAGGGAUCUGUGUUGCCAACCACACCUCACCCAUUGAUGUCAUCAUCCUGGCAAGCGAUGGCUGCUAUGCAAUGGUUGGGCAAAUCCAUGGUGGUUUGAUGGGCGUGAUCCAGAAGUCUAUGGUGAAAGCCUGCCCACAUAUUUGGUUUGAACGCUCUGAAGUCAAAGACCGACAUCUAGUGGCCAAAAGAUUGAGUGAUCAUGUAGAAGACAAAACUAAACUGCCUAUUCUCAUUUUCCCUGAAGGCACCUGCAUCAACAACACUUCAGUAAUGAUGUUCAAAAAGGGCAGCUUUGAGAUUGGCUCCACAGUCUACCCUGUGGCCAUCAAGUACGACCCCCGCUUUGGAGAUGCCUUCUGGAACAGCAGCCAGUUUGGGAUGGUCAACUACCUGCUGAGGAUGAUGAGCAGCUGGGCCAUUGUGUGCAGUGUGUGGUACCUGCCACCCAUGACCAGAGAGGAAGGAGAGGAUGCAGUCCAGUUUGCCAAUCGGGUUAAAGCAGCUAUCGCCAGGCAAGGAGGGCUGGUGGACUUGCUAUGGGAUGGAGGUUUAAAGCGAGGGAAGGUAAAAGACACCUUCAAAGAGGAGCAACAAAAGUUAUACAGCAAAAUGCUAGUGGGAACCCAAGAGGACCGCAGUCGUUCUUGAAGACAAAUGCAAGGAGUUUAAGAUGAUCAGAGACCCACUUGGGGACCACAGAAUGGACAGUCUAAAGGAGUUUUUUACUUGGAAUACUCCCACCCUCAUGUCAGGAAUAUUUCACUUGGCUUUCUCAGUCACUGCCUCAGCUUGGCAUUUCAAGUUCUCAUUGCUGUUACAGCCCAUUCUGGGCCUUGUCUCUGUCCUCUGUUUCUAAUGAACUGGCCUCUACUGUACCGGUGUGUCAUGAAGCUGCUCACUAAGAUGGUUUGUUGUCUUCCCUGAUGGUGACAAAACUGUCUUUUGAGUGACUAAUGUAUGUAUGUCCUUCAUUGAGUUAAUGUAUAUGUAUUGUUCUUAUCGUUUCUCUUUUUUUGUUUUAUUAUUGUUAAUAGUAAUAAUGACAGUUAUUAUCAUAAUUGUUUUUUAAGUUACAAGAGAUAUGUGUGGGGAUGUACUGUAGCAAUGCAACAUAGAGAAGCACUGUAAAGUUUGUACUGAAGGGGAAAACUGUGACCAUGUUGGGAAAUGCAUGAAUGGCUUGUUCCCAACACGACCAAGAUGGUGAGGUGCCACGUAAAUAUGUUUCUAAUACUUUUUUAUUGUUUGUUUUUUUAGAUGAAAAAAGCCUUUUGUUUUAAAGGUCCAAUGCAGCUGUUUUAAUCUCAAUAUC